CGGAGGCAGUCUGGCGUCCAUGACAUCAGCCUCCGAGGGUGUCUCGGUGCCGCCUCCGCCGCCAGCGUGGCCCCGCGUGCCAGCCAGGCCGCGCCCGGCCCCCCGCCACUCACCGCCGCCUGCACUCGCCCAGCCAAUUGGCGGCCGCGGGCCAGCAUCCCCGGCGCUCGCGGCCCCGCCCUCUGGCCGGCCGGUGCGGCGGGACUGGUUGUUAUGGCAACUGAGGCGGGCCCGGAGGACGCGGCCCCGCCCUCCCCGCCUGCGCCGUGGCUCCGGGACGGGCGAGUGUUAGUGUUAAUGUGAACGGGGCCGAGUCGACACCCGGCGUGAGGGUGAGGCCGCCGUGUUGAGCCUCUGCCUGGCGACGCGCGCUGACCCCCGCCACAGUGAUGCUGCAGCCCGCACGCCCCACACACCACCGCACCCAGGGCGUCUCCCGCCGCCGCUGAGUGUUCCGGCCGCGUCGGAGUGUAGGCGGCGAGUGCGUAGGGCAACAGCAGGCAGGCAGGCAGGAGGCAGGCCGCCCCGUGUGUGAUGGCCUGAGUUUUCCGCUCCGCACGAGUCGCCGCCACACGCUGCCACAAUGAUCAUUUGUUGUGCGGGCUGCGACAAACCCAUCAUGGACAAGUUCCUCCUGACGGUGCUGGAAAGGACGUGGCACGCGGAAUGUGUUCGCUGCGUGGACUGCGGCUGUGCCCUCACCGACAAGUGCUUCAGCCGCGAGGGAAAACUCUUCUGCAGGAGCGACUUUUUCAGGUGAGCGGUCGUCAUUAACCUGUGUUGUCACGUCACCGUUGACUCAGGCGGUUCGGGACCAAGUGCUCGGGGUGUCUGCAGGGCAUCUCGCCGCAGGACCUGGUGAGGAAGGCUCGUGACCGCGUCUUCCACCUCAAGUGCUUCACCUGCUGCGUCUGCCGAAAGCAGCUUUCCACCGGCGAGGAACUCUACGUCCUCGACGAGAACAAAUUCAUCUGCAAACAAGACUACAUGGGCGGGAAGGCCAUGACGGACUCCUUCGCCGGCGGGUCUGACGACGAGGAGGAAGAGUCCAUGGACGUGAAACCGCCUGUGGAGACCAACAACAACACCAGCACCCCCCCGGUGGGCGGCCACGGACCUAUCUCGGCGCCCCCGCUCACGGCUAACCCCAGCGGUUUGGUCUCCUCGCCCUCAGGACCAAACACGCCCACGGGAGGUGCGGGGCUCUCUGUGGCCAUGAUGAGCGGCGGGCGACCCAGCACGCCCACCAGAUCUCUGGGGGUAGUGCCGCCCACCAGCACCACGCCGCUGCUGGAACCCAUGAGUGUGGGCGAGUCCAAGAUUAGCACGCCCUUCGCGGGCUUCAACGUGAGUAUGUGCGGGGUUAGCAUCUCCCGCGACACGCCGCCCACGGACAAGGACGGAGGCAACUUCCACGACUCAGACGUGUCCGACGCGGAAGGCAGCAGCGAGGUGAAGGAGCAGGCGAGCAGCGCCGAGGCGAAGCUGGCGGACGACGAGAAGGGUGGAAACAAGAGACGAGGACCAAGAACGACCAUCAAAGCCAAGCAGCUGGAGAUUCUGAAGAACGCGUUCGCCUCCACACCCAAACCCACCAGACACAUCCGGGAGCAGCUGGCCAAGGAGACGGGCCUUCCGAUGCGCGUGAUACAGGUGUGGUUCCAAAACAAGAGAAGCAAGGAGCGGCGCAUGAAGCAGCUUUCCUCCAUGGGGAUGCGAGCGCACCUCUUCGGCAGCCCACGGAAGCUGCGCGGGAUGAGGAUGUCGCCCAGUAUGGAGGACGGCUUCCCUUAUUACGGUGACGCCUUCGGUUACGGUCCCCAGGGCUUCCAUGACUUCUUCCCCGGUCAGGGCCCGCCGCCGCCACCCGGCAUGAGUUUCCCGCAUGGCCUGCCCCCGUCCAUGGAACAGCCUCUGCCUCCAGGAGGUCCCAUGAGCGACUUCCCUGGACUGGGUGGGCUGGGGGCGCCGCCUGUCUCUGAAGGCGGCCACUUCAUGACACAGCCCCCGGACAUGCUCUCCUUGUCGCAGCGGUCGUCCCCCGAGGGCAUGAUCAUGGCGCACGGUGGUCAGUAGGCAGCCCGGGGCCAGGUCAGAGCGGCAACUUUGACCACCAGGUGAACGAGGGUCUGGUGUGGUGACAUGAAGCUGACCUCUGAUGACGUACCAGGCCCCUUGAGGUGCUCUCCAAGGACGUCGCCAGAGGAAUCUCUCCACUUCUCUCCUGUUACCUGCCAACGCCACCACCAUCAACGCCAUCUCAAGGGCAACGCGGCGGGCAGCCCUCGCCUCCGCCACCUACUCCACGCUGACCUCUUCUCUGCCCCGAGCUCUAAGUGUUCAAAAUAGCCGCCUCAUGGGCCACCACGAGAAAGGGGAGAGUCACCCAUGGCUCCUGCAUCAUCACACUGAAGCGGUGGUUUGUUCCAGCUGGCGCGCGUGGCUUCCUUGGUGCCCCGUGGUCACUUACACACACGUGGCUUCAAGGGCGUUCUCGUAGCCAUCACCCACACCCCGUACUUCUUGUUUCUCUCGUAUUAGAACUCCGCCUUCCUCGUGAAAGGGAAAUUGAACGAGAAGAGAAUAUAAUCUUUGCCACAUGAACUGGUUGAGCCAGUCUGCCCAGAUGACCACCGCUCUCUUACGUAUGUGAUCCAUGCGAGGUGAAUCCCACUCAGUCCCGGAAGGAUGGACUGAUUCCCCGUGCAUUGGGUGGUCUGCGUGUUUAUAACGGACGAGGGGUUGUGUAAAUAUAUAUACUAAGUGUUGGAGUGUCGUCUGCACCGAAACGUUAAAGGAACCGAGGAAAGGAAAAUAUCAAUGAGCUACUUUACAGUUUAUUUGCUCGCCCAUGGGUGGGCUGGGUGUACAUGGUGCCGUAACAUGGUGCAGUAGAGAAAACUAAGUUAUGAAAAUCAUGCAUUGAAAACAGUUAUAGACAAAGUACAGAGUAAAACCAAAAAAGAAGCUACAGUUGAAGGCGCACGGUCGCCAGGCGCUGCUGGGACGUUUCUUACUGAGCGCCUGAGCGUGCGUCGUGUUGACGUGACUGAAUGAGUCACCAGGCGUCGUAGAGGCCAUCAUGUGUCUGUUCUAUGUUCCUAUGUCUAGGUGUAGCGUCGCUGGCUGAGGAACUGCGCACUCAAAUAUGUAGCUUCUGCUCCCCACUGUAACAAAAUUACCAUCGUGGGCGUCACCUGGCGCUGCCCUCGGAGAAGUGAUGGUGAGCUGCCCCAAGCUGGCGGCGUGGGUCUGGCGCCCGGUAACUUCCCCAGCCAGCUACUUCCUUUGGAAAGCAGCUUCGGUUUUCACAUCCUCACUAUUCGGGCCCACCUAUCCUUCCCUUCUUGCGAAUCAUGCGAAAUGCCCCUAGAGAAGCUAUUUUGGUAAUCCACAGAUUUGCCCUUGAAAAACACUCUUGCCUGGUUUCUUGGUGGAGUGGCGGCUGGUCCACCUUGACACAAGUGCGACUUCUAUCUUACACCUGAAGUAGUGCUUUAAUUGAUUAUUACAAUAUUGCACUGCGAAAUAAUUUUGCAGUACGCUAAGGUAACAUAUGUAGAUGCCAGCCUAUGUUAAACAAUAGUUCCAUGUAACGAAAGUUACACUAACCAGUGGCACAGUGUUAGGUCCAACCAUCCAGGACGUUAUAGCCCCGAUAUUCUGACAUCCUCCGGCAUUUUCAGCAAAACAAUGGACAGACUGUGUAACAGAGUGAAAUAUGACUUGCCUGUCGGUCUUCUCAUUUGUAAGAAACGCCCCUGUACUUAUUAAAUUUCAUUCGUGUCAUCGGUAAAAUUGAAGGAGUUCUGCUCGCUUCUUUAAAAGCGACUUACUUUACUUCAUGAUAGCGAAGGACGUACGUAAUACGUUUUUGUCAAUGGCAACGUGAAUGCAGGAGAGAAACAUAUAAGGGCAAAAUGGAAGUCAGAAGAGUGACUGCUACAUUUUGUUUAAAAAAAAAAAUUCCCCUCAGCACACACCUGUGAUGUAGACAUGCAAGUCAUUUUGUGCUCGGCAAGAUGAACGCCACCGAGGCUACAUAAAUACUUCUGAAUUUGGCGAGACAAACGGUAACAGCCAUCUAUCUUGAUUCUCUAGCGUGGUAAAUCACCAAUCCAAAUACUCUCAAUAAUGAGAUCUGUGCGGUAAAAUUUUUCGAACUUUCUGCGUAAUUCUUACUAACACGAACCAACUUUCUAACACGGAAAUAUUGGCUCUUUCGAACCGUAAGGGGAUUAUUAAUAAAAUAUAACCUAAUGGUAAUUUGGAGUUCUACCAUUCCUUUUAUCCCCAAAGUCUUUCUACAUUCAUAUUAUAAUUGAUAACAGUAAGUAAAGUUCCUUGGCUUUGGCACUCGCAUACAGAGCAUUGCAGGACGCCCGCAAAACUUCUACAGUUUACCUUGUCAUCUUCUGUUCCAAGCCGAAAUUAUCAGAUUUUUCUUUAUUUAUUAGUAUGAUCACAUCACACUGGUGUGGACAUUCCUGGUUGAUACAACCCUAUAUUGAAAACAAUCUUCGUUGUCUUAAAGAAACAUGUAUACCUUCAGAAUAAGUAAAUUUAUAUAUAAUUAUUCUAAAAUGCAUCCAUGUUUCUAAAAGUUUGCCUGCGCCUGUAUUGAUAUGCUCAGAAUUAAAAUGAUCUUUCUGUCGACUCUUUGCUUGCUUUUCAAAUGCAAGUCUACACGCAAAUACAAAUACUGAUUAUAAUGACCAACAUCCCUUGCUAAUAUAAGGUGCUAAUUAAAUCCACUGUUAUCAUUACGUCCGACCACAUAGAGCCAUAGGCCCUAAUAUUUUGAGUCUUUUCACUGGUAUUUUUCACUCUAUAAAAUGAGGCGUUUAUGAGAAAACAACAGACUGUAUAUCAGCAGAACUCAACUUAGAGAAACCAUGGAAACUUGACUAACUCUUGGUCUUUCCAGUAUUUAGAAACAAGUCUGCUUUAAUCGCUCCUUAGUAUGUGAUGAGACAUCAAAUGAUAAAAGAAGUACCUGAACCGACACGCGUGUCAAGAUUUAAGUUUUUGUGAAAAUUGGUGUUCAUCAUAAUGACCUGGGUUGUGCCAUGGGGAGAUUUAUCAUAACAUUUCUCUCCGUGUAAUAAAACCUUGAACACGAAUAUCCAGGCUUGAACUUCAGUAAAAGCAUACAUGACACAAGAGUUACGUACAUAACUUGUAUCCCAAACCAUGUAUUCCUUGCGUCGAUGGUUAUUAAUGCAAGUCGAGUGUCCAUCAUAUCAUAAUUUGUCCAUAAUAUAAUUUUCAUCUCUCCAAAACUGCAGGUGAGAACGAAGCCACUAAGAACGUGAAAUAUAUUAAACUAAACUUUCAAUAAAGCAUAAUUCUAACUUAUGCAGUGCUAAGAUAUGUAAUUUCCAGUCUUCAUGUGGAGAGUUUAUGAGAGUAACAGCACUAGUGUUAAGGUGGACCGUCAGGGCUAUUCAAGGGGUUUAGAAGCACAGUCCCUCAUUCCUGUUCCAGACUCCUGCGUUCCUUGACCCACUUUUUUGUCCUCCCCAAAGAUGUGAAAGCAGAGUACAGGCUUAUGCCUUUCUGUAACGUCAUCAAAGGGGAAUAUUAUGAAAGGGAUUUGUGUGUAUCACUUAUCAUCUUGGACACAUAAACACUGCAUCUUAAGCUGGAACACUAUUUAUUUGUUUUAAAGAAUUUGGUACAAGCAUUUGCCAGAGUGCAAGUUUAAGAUGAGUUGAUUACUGCCUUUACCCAGGAGAAUGAUUAAUGUAGGUUUCCGUAUCUUUAUUUCCAGCCUUGAGUGAAGUUUAUUUGUCCAUUAAAUAUUUUGACAUGCAACCCUCAAUUUCCCCCACCCCUUCCCUGCACUCUCCCUCCCCAAAUCCCAGGACCUCUGCACCUUUACAUAGCAUUAAUGAGAAAUAAUGAAUGUUUGAAGAUACCUGUAAUGAAUGAUGCCUCACUCCUCCCAGUUUCCCUCCCCUUCCCUUCCCUUCCCUCACUCCUUAUUCCCCAUCUCAUGUCAGUGUACUCUUCCAUAGAUGUUAUAAGUUUACUGUAAAUACUGUCUGUAUAUAUUUCUGUAUCAUCCACGUCUGAAUGUCAUAUAUUGUAUAUUUAAAUUAAUUAUUGUGACCAUCAAAAUAAAAUGUUGGAGAAUGA